CUUGUUACAUGAUUUAUUUAUUACGACUACUGAAUCUUUUGUUACCUUGUAUCCGCAGGUCCAAUAUUUUCACUCCCCGACGGUCCGAGCUACACAAACUUGAACUUUCCAUCUAUUUAAGCAGCUUCCGCAGAUGAGUAACUCAUCACUCUAGACUCUGCAGACCUUUGUUUUAUCGUGCUACGACCAAGACCCGCACAACAUUGCUAUUGUUCUUAUUGCUUGAAUCCGUAGUAAACACUGACUUUUGAAAACCUCCUGUCAAGCCACAAAAGAUUCCUCAUGUCGCACAUCUUUGCUGCAUUAAACGAGUCGAUGCGCGUCCUUCGGUUUUGCAGAAAUGAUCGAGUCCCCAUCAUCUCGCGCCUUCCAGACGAGAUUCUUUUGACAAUCUUCAAACACCUCGAAGAAGAGAAGCGUCUCAAUGGAUACGAUAGCCAUGAUAACGAAUCUGCAAGCGAUGUCCCCGGUGGUGUCCCUGCUUGUCUAGUAGUCACACACGUCUGCAGACACUGGCGCAAAGUCGCUCUGGAGUGCCCGACUCUUUGGACAUUCAUCAGUUCUGCCUCUUUGCUUUGGCUAGAUGUCAUGCUUGAGAGGUCGCAGAAGGCUCCUUUGAUCGUCACCUAUAAUCCAUUUUCGAUCUCACUAGACAAUUUCUUGGAGAAAGUCCUUUUACACCUGCCCCGCAUCAAAUACCUCGAAUUACGCGCACACUCAUAUAAUGUCGGUCGCGUGAUGAAUCUGUUAUCAUCUCAACCUGCACCGAUGCUUGAAACAUUCAAAUUUUCGGUCGAAUGUAACCUUCUUCCAACGGUGUCCAUAUCAAACACCAUUUUCCAAGGACAAGCACCCCUACUUCGGCACCUCGAUGUCGAUUAUUGCAAUCCCAGAUGGUCAUCGUACAUUUUCUGUGGGCUUCGAGCUCUAUGUGUAAGGAAAACGUCCUUACCAGACAUCCUUUCUGUUCUGCGACGUACACCCGUCCUGGAGCAGUUUACGCUCCAGCUCCAGUUACCAGAAUCCGACCAAUCAACGCUCAUUGAUAGAGUGCCACUCGCUCGAUUGAAAAAUAUAGUGCUAGACGGGACCUCGCUCCAAAAUGCUGUGUCUCUCUUCAAACGGCUAGCCCUUCCCGUCGACGUCAAGAUUGCUUUACAACUCUCAUCAAUUGAAGGGCCCUCAACCUUUGCUGAUUUGUUUUCGGUCAUGAAUAAGCAUCCUGAUGGAUCCGGUCCCGUCUUUCGGUCGCUGCGUGCCAUUAAAUUCAAGCCAUGGCGUUUUUCUGUCCAGUUUAGCACGUCAAUGGAGAUCAAUUCCGACUAUUCCUGGAAUCCUCAAGAUGAUGACAUACGACUCUCGAUCCAGUUCUACUAUGAAGACGAUGAAGUUCAGCCAAACGGCCUAUCUGCUACAAACAUCAUCUUCGAUAUAUGUAAUAUCAUCGCGCAACGCAAACGUCGAACCUUCUUUUCUGGGGAGUUCAAAUACAUCAAUGUGGAGGGGUGCUCAGACUUUAUCGAAGGCUUAACCGCUGCGCUCCGGAUUGAAGGGUAA